AACCUAAACAUCCGCAAAUGUAUAUACAACAGUGUUAAGUUUAUCGAUAAGAAUUUCUUAUCAACGUAAUAAACAAAUCGACAAGAAAGAAGCAAAAGUAGAUUAAAAACUUUAGUCAGUUUGUGGUAUUCAAUAAUGGACAACGUAGAUAUUAACGUGAGCUACAGCGGUAUUCAUUUGGGGAAAAAGAUUGGCAGUGGCAGUUAUGGUGUUAUUCACAAAGCAAUUUGGCAAACUAAGAGUAUUGCAGUAAAAAUAAUUCAAGAAAACACUUCAGAUACAGAAACGGGAAAAAGAAUUAAGGAGACAGAGGUUUUGGCCGAAAUUCGGAAUCUAAAACAGUUUAAUCAUAGGAACAUUGUCACGCUAUAUGGAGUCGCAAAAGAUCCCGACAAUAGCAUUUGUAUGCUUUUGGAAUUUGCAGAUUGUGGAUCACUCUACAAUUUCUUGCAUUGCUCAGAUAACGACGUCAGCUACCUUGACAAGAUAAACUGGAUGAAGCAAUGUGCCAAGGGAAUGGAUUAUUUACAUAGUAAUAAUACAGUACACCGGGAUCUUAAAACUCAGAACUUGUUGCUUUUCGAUAAAUAUCGAACAUUGAAGAUAUGCGAUUUUGGGACAGUGAAACAACUUACUACGAUUAAUACGGAAUUCAUAGGAACCAUUCGAUACAUGGCCCCAGAACUUAUGGACGCAAAUGGGAAAUACACGGAAAAGUGUGACGUUUUUAGCUUUGGGAUUAUUUUCUGGGAAGUCAUGUCACGGAAGAAGCCUUUCGAGGACUUAAAGGACAUGCAUCCAUUGGCAAUUCAAAAGAAAGUUUCAGAAGGUGUGCGUCCGAAUGUAAAUGACAUAAUGAAAUUUGCAAAUUCGCAUUUAAUCAAACAAAGUAUUGAAGAGUGCUGGGAUCAAGAUCCUGAGCUGAGGCCGAGUAUGAAGGAAGUGAUUUGUGAUAUUAAUGUUGAUAGCAAAAAAUGAUAUAGGCUUUCGCUUUGACGAUAUAGAAUUAGUAGAAAUGGUAAGCAAAUGUAAUCAUGUGGAACAUUUAUUAAUGAUAUUGUAUUUCAACAACAGAUCGAACAUGGAAGCUAUUGUGACGUCUACAAAGCUCGUUGGCGAACUGAAAGUUACAGCAAAUGCGUUGCAGCAAAAAUAAUACAAGAUGUUAUUUCAAAGAUAGACAUAGAAAAACAUAUCCUCGAUCUCGGUGGUGAACUAAAAGGUCUGUGCCACAAAAAUAUUGUAACAUUUUAUGAUGUCUGUAAGACACACGACAAUAGAAUAUGUAUGCUGAUUCAGUAUGCAGACUGUGGAACCCUCCAUGAUUUUUUGUAUCGAUCGAAACACGAAAUUAGUUAUGUUGGCAAACUAAAUUGGAUGAUGCAAUGUGCCAAGGGUAUGGACUACUUGCAUAGCAAAGACAUGCUACAUUCAGCUCUAAGAACACAAAAUUUGUUGCUUUGUAACAAAUAUAAAACAUUAAAAAUCGGAAAUUAUGGUUUAAUUAAAAGAGCUGCCGUAUAUCCCAAACUAAUGAGCGCCAUUGACCAGGGCGAAGAUCCAAAUGCACUUGAUUACCUUGGAGUAUGCGCAAUGAAGACGAAUGUUUUUAUUUUUGGCAUUAUAUGCUGGCAAAUAUUAGUAAGAAAGAAACCAUUUGACGACGACAAAGUAACGAAUUCGUUGGCUAUCGAAGAAAUGAUCAAAAAUGGUAAGACAACUUAAAAAUAAUCAGCAUCGAUUUAAUUUCCUUUCGCUUUAGGUGUUUCACUGUAUAUUAAUAAAAUUGAUUGUUAUCCCGAUUCGUGGCACAUCAAAAGCAUUAUUAAACACUGUUGGUAUCGUGAUCCAAAUGACCGACCGACUCCGAAAACUCUGUCGCUUUUAUUGCAAAUGGAUCCUGCGAUAUUUUCCAAGUAUCCCCUUUUAUUAUAUCGGUCUAAAUCACUGAGAAUUGAGAUUCCUGAGAGAGAAACUGAUCAAAAGAAUGGUGAAGAAUAAUAAAUUACGUUUCUUACAUUACAA